AUGCCCUCAGAGCCUACUAUCGUCUCGCAAAAUUCUUCUCUAGACGUCCGAAAUUCUCGCCUUACAACCUCUUCCCAGCAUGGCAAUGACCAUCGUUGUGAUGAACCGGUCUUCGACAUUCUCCAUCGCGAGGAUGUCGGAGACCAUGUCACGUCAAAUGACCCGCCAUCUUCCCCUCCCGCUGGCGCGCACGCCAGUGAAGACUCAUUACGACGAUUGAACGGGGUUGACAACGAUGCCGUAAUUGCAUCUUCGCCAUCGUCAACUCCUGGCGGUGGUGAAAAUGGAGGUUCUCUAGAUGACGUGUUUCGGUCUUCUCCGGCGUCGCAUCGAUCCAACAAGGUUUACGUUCUACGACCCAAACCCCGCCAAUCUCUCGCGGGUCUUCCAAAUGAGGUUCUCACUCACAUCCUCUCACACCUCAGUCCAGCUGCUCUCACUGCCAUUGCACUUGUAUCCCGCCGUUUCCAUACGCUAGUCACUACCCCUCAUGCCUGGAGAACAGCGUUCGGGCGCUACUUCCCAGGCCCCUACAGCAUCGACCAGGAUGUGACAUCAGAAGGACUGGAUUCGUCUAAACGCGCUUUCACUAGAUUAACUGCAUUGGCGUCGUGGCGCAGUGAGUAUAUCCUCCGAACACGACUACUGCGUUCUCUUGGUCGAGGAAAGCCAGCACUACUUCCUUCAUCUGGCAAGCACAAUGCUCGUGCUGGGGGUCUUCAAGGUGGAUCAGCUCUUGUGACGUAUACCUCUCAACUUCUAUAUCCCAUCACUCAUAUCGAUGCCUUGUUCACACCUACCAAUGCCAAGAAGUCUCCGCUGUUCAUUCAUGGAGCCGCGGAGGAAGGCGUUGCUUCUAUGAGUGAUCCUUCAGCUGGAAAGUCCGGUCCCUGGGGCCUGUACGGUCAUCCUCUUUUCCAGCAUUUCACAGACAUGUAUUCCGGUGAAGCAGAAUAUGGUCUAGGGUCGGGUGAUAUGGUUGGAGUGCCGAACUCCAUGGACGUCAGCCAACCAUAUGGAAUGAUCUACGGUGAAGGAUGUCCUAGAGGUCGCAGCUACUACGUAUCGUCUGAUGAGAAACGCGGUCGCUUUCUCGGUGGUUCGGAGCUACAUUCAGAGCCUGCUUUGGGUAUCCCUGACAUUCAAAACUUCGCAACUGGUGUUAGUUCAGUAUGGAUUGCCAAAUCUCCGAACGUUUUAAAGAUGACAAACAAUAUGUUUGGUAUCUUAUGCGGUUCUACCGCGGGUGUAUUGACUGCAUACUCCCUUGGAAGCAGUCAUUCGCAUGAACGUCGGUUUGAGCCUGGUCAAAUUACAGCUAGAUGGGUCAUUAGUCCUGGUGUGCCGAUUAUUUCUAUCUCGGUGGAUGAAAACUUUUCGACAAAACGAUACUCUACGCGCCGGAUCUGGGCUACAGUUUUGAACGCUCUAGGAGAAGUUUAUUACCUGACGGAGCUUCCAGCUCUGCCCGACUCCAAUCAGACGGCAUUGCCCGAAGUACUGGAAAGGAGAGCAUGGAAGACUGGUCGUAGUGUCCGUUGGGAACUUGUUGAGUCUACUCGCCGUGUCGCUCGUCCUGAUCCAUAUAACCGAGACAUGGUCGAUGGUAGCUACAGUCCACGGUCUUCUGCCGAUUCAAUGGGCUUAAGCGAGAGCCAAAUUAUUGCAGAAACAAAGGAGAUUGAGAAGUAUCUCGCGUUCAAGCCCAAGCAUUUUCGCAAGGUAUGCGAAGGUUGGGACAUGCAAAGACAGUUUAAGGUCGAUUUCGCUGGCGACGAUAUGAACGGCGCUGGUGAACAAGUCUUUAUCAUCAACUGUGGAUUUGACCAAGACCAACCUGCUUCAAUUCGUCGUCAUGUCCGUCAGAAAAUAUCAGGAGCGGCACUGACCAGCUCUGAGUCGCCGAAAGGGUCGAGUUUCAAGCCAGUGACCUCCCUAUUCGGUGGACCAAGUACGCCUCAGUCGUCUGAGCCUACUAGUCAGUCCCGGUCUCGAGCUUCAAGUCAUGCCAGACAUAGCCUGUCGACUAUUUCCAAUACUGAAUGGAGAGCAACUGAUUUCAUCUUCAGUGGUUCCAAGUUUGCUCGAUUGACUUGUACAGCAAUCGACAUGUCGACUCUGGCACAACUAACUGUCGCCGAAGACCCUUUGCUUGGAAUGUCGACUGCAUCCAAUAUGUCGUCACCUGCUUCUUCACCGUUACCACAUAUGCAAAGUUCGGGGUCAGAAUCUGGUGUGCCUGGACAACGAGCUCGUUUUCUGGCCGUAGGAACUGAUUCCGGAUCUGUAUAUGUCUGGAACAUGCGUGUUCCGCCGAGCCGUACUUCGGGGCUUAUUAAUACUGUCUCGCCUGUUCGGAUCAUCCAGACAGAGUCGCCUCAAGUUGCUUGUCUUGCAUUGACAUCUCUCUAUCUGGUCCAUGGCGGAAAUGAUGGGUUAGUUCAAGCCUGGGAUCCUUUGGCGUCGACGACACGGCCGAUCCGUACAUUGCAUUCUAGAUUCUCGUCACGUGCCCGUCGUCGUCUCAUCCAGGCUGAAGCAUCCAUCUUGGGUGUUGGAAACAAUUACUUUGCUGCCGGCGCAAUUUGUCUGGAUCCAGAUCCAACCGUGUUACGAGGUAUCGUUUCUCUUGGAACCCAUAUUCGCUUCUGGUCGUACAGUUCUUCCGCGGCCGAUGAAUACAAGUCUAACAAGCGGCGUCGUCGACGAUCUCACCGAGGCAGCAACUCAUCAUCGGAAGGACAGCGCUUCACCAGCACUGGUCGCGGUGCUUUGAAAGACUUCAUUGAAGAUGAGCAUCAUGAGAUGAAGCGACAAAUUGUCGAGGAUGAAAAACAGAGAGAACACCUAAGCUAUCGAUUUGGAACCGAUCUGCUUGGACCCGACGCAACUGAAGAAGAGCUCAUCGCUUAUGCCCAAUUGUUGAGCGAAGAGAGUUUGAACAACGAUGCGCUUAAGCAUAAGGAAAGUGGAACCAGUACCAGGGCCAGCAGUGUAUCCAGCGAUACCAUAGCUGCCUUUGAUAGCUCUUACCCACCACGUGAAUUCUCCUCAUCAUCUUCACCGGCCCUCGAGACUGUCGAGGAAGAGCUCGCUCCCGACAUCGCAGAAGCAAUUCGCUUGAGUCUACUCGACGAGGCUCCACAUUCGUCUGACCAAUGGCAGAAGACACCAUCGACGUCGUCGUUCAGCACGUCAUCAAUCCCAAUCAAGUAUACUAAGGGUACAAAAUCAAAAUCCAGACGUCGUCAACCAUCUAGUUCCCCGCCGGAGGAGGCCGCCGCCGUCCCCGAAGGCAGCAAUCAGCAGGAAAUGGACGAUUUGGAGUUUGCGAUUCAAUUGAGCCUCGUUGAGGAGCAGAGUCGCGAGACUUCCUAUCAGCAGGAGGAGUUCCCGGCAUUAGUGUCUAGUCCAUACGGCAAUUCGGGUAGUCGCAAGGGGAAGGGACGAGCGUAG